AGGAUUUUCAUUCCUAAUUGGAGCUCCGAUGCACAAUGGCUCCAUCCCUUGUUCUCAAUUUGACACAUGCAUAUGGUCAUGUACUGGACCUAGGUAGUCAUCCAUGUGUCCUGCUGGCUGGCUUGUAUGCAUUCUUCCGACCUCAAGGGUAGAGAUGGGAUUUGUAAAAUCAAGGCUUCUGUUUCCCUCUCCCUCCUGCAGGAGUGGAUGGGACAGGAAUGAAGCCUCUUAGUAUUGGGAGGAAGCUGUGGAGGAAAAAAAAAAAAGUGGCACUUGUUAAGGAGCAGUUGGAAUUGGACUGAGAGGUAGUUUGGGAGCAGGAGGAGUGAAACAAAAAAUCAAGAAAGUUUGGGAGUCGAAGUCAAAAUUUCCCCCUCUUCCUACCUGAUGAUGCAGUCUAGCAAUAAAAAAAUGUUCCCAUUAAGUCAUGUAAUUCAUGACUUUGCAGACCCCAUUCUCCUGUCAUUAAAUUUGUGGCAAAUAUGAGAAAUCAGUGAGACAUGACCAACAUGAAGAUCAAUUGGAGAACUUUGAACUUGAACUUUCAUCCUGGAGAAAAUUUUGGCCAAAGUGUUUGAGUUUGAAGUAUUUCAUUUUUGGAAUGCAGACAUUUAUUUGUAUUCAAAGCCAAGGCUAAUAGGCCUACUGACUUCUCAGGAAUUGGAAGAUAACAGGGAAAUAAAUCACAAGCCUUAAAAGAAAGUCUCUUGAUCUUGCAGGUGGAAAAAGUCUGCCAUGGAUGAUGUUUCUUUGUUGUAAGCAUUCCUCAGGAAACUUCACACUUUUUGUUAUAGAUGGAGAUGCGUGAAUCCCUUUCAAAGGCCAGGAAGAAAGUGAAUGAGCCCAGCUCAGUAUCCCGACUCUUGAGCGCACUCCAGCAUAAUGAUGCAAACUUCCUCCCAGCUAUGAAAAAGUAUCAUGAGAAAUAUGUGGAGCUGAAGAGGAAACUUGCAGAUGAGAACCCUGAAAUGAAGGAGACACUACGGUUAGUCCCUGAUGAAUUUCCUACGCAACUUCAGGAGGGUUUUGUAUUGGGAGGGGCAGGUGGAAUUUCUCAGCCAAGGGUAUUACCUCCUCCAGGUUCUACUACAACACAGCACCCACAGGAACACAUUGGAGUACGACGAAGCAAGCUAAUAGAGAGAGCAUUUGCUGGUGCAGUGCCCACUCGAAUGGUAGCGAAAUGUCUGAAUGCGGAAGAAUCUCCCACAAAGAUCGCAGAAGAAUGUGACAGUUCUACAGGGAAAGGAGAUGGAAAUUCAAAGACAGCAGAAUCACCAAAGUCGAGGAGAGACAUCCUUGUUUCUUGUGAGAGGGACUCCCUCCCUUCUGAAAAUUCAGAUGUUCAAGAUCAUUCUGAUGAUGAAGAAAUCAUCUUACCCCAUGCACCAACUUGAAGUCUGGUGUUGGCACUUUCUGAUCUUUUGCUGACAUUCUCAUUGUAUUUUGUCCAUUGCUUAAAAAAAAAAUUUUUUUCACGG